UCCCGGCAAGAUGGCGGCCCCCUUGGAGCUCAGUUGCUGGGGAGGCGGCUGGGGACUCCCGUCGGUACACAGCGAGUCCCUAGUGGUGCUGGCUUAUGCCAAGUUUUCUGGUGCGCCCUUGAAAGUCAAUGUUAUAGAUAACACCUGGAGAGGUUCAAGAGGUGACGUACCAAUUUUGACAACUGAAGACAGCAUUGUUUCUCAGCCUGCAAAAAUACUAAACUUUUUAAGGAAACAGAACUAUAAUGCAGAUUAUGAACUCUCAGCAAAGCAAGGGGCCGAUACACUGGCUUACAUAGCUCUACUUGAAGAAAAGCUUCUCCCUGCUGUGCUUCACACAUUCUGGGUUGAAACCGAUAAUUACUUCACUGUGACAAAGCCAUGGUUUGCCUCACGAAUUCCUUUUCCCUUGAGUUUAAUCCUACCUGGAAGAAUGUCUAGGGGAGCACUGAAUAGGAUUCUCUUGACAAGAGGAGAGCCUCCCCUCUACCAUGUCCAAGAAGUGGAAGCACAGAUAUACAGAGAUGCCAAGGAGUGCCUAAAUCUUCUGUCAAACAGAUUGGGAACAUCUCAGUUUUUCUUUGGAGAUACGCCUUCUACUUUGGAUGCUUAUGUGUUUGGUUUUCUUGCACCUCUUUAUAAAAUACGGUUUCCUAAAGUUCACUUACAAGAACAUCUGAAGCAGCUCUCCAACCUGUGCCGAUUUUGUGAUGACAUUCUAAACAGUUACUUUAGGCUCAGUCUCAGAGGCAUCUCUCCUGCUGGACAAGAAAUGGUAGAUGCAAAUCUGCAGAAACUCACACAACUUGUAAAUAAGGAAUCCAACUUGAUUGAAAAGAUGGAUGACAAUCUUCGCCAAAGCCCUCAGCUUCCUCCUCGGAAACUGCCAACACUUAAAUUGACUCCAGCAGAAGAAGAGAGUAAUUCUUUGCACAGGCUGUCACCCUGACAGUUAUUGUGCUUUGUGGCCAAGUCUUAUGAUUGUCACGGUAAUCUUUUAACACCACGCGUGUGAAGGCAAAUAGAAAAUACCAUUCAUAGGUAUAAGGAAGACUAAUGCAAAAGAAACUUUCUAUGACAUUUGUUUUUUUCUUUUAACUAAAAAGCUUGUAUGCUAGCUUGGCACUGCUUUUUAAAUAAAGGUGAAUGCUAAAUGAAUGUGGUGGGUGGGGAGAGAAAACACAUUGUACUUUGUAUGAAAAAAUGCUGCCUUAAACUUGGCAGAUUUUUGCCUUUUGCUCAUAUGUUACUGACCAAAAGCUACAAUUCUGUUCUGAAUGUGUAUUCUUAAUUUAUUCAAGAUAAUUUAUUCAAUUUAUUAACUUGGUUUUCUUAUACUUGUCUGUAUAUAUAAUAUAUGGCUCUUUGGCAGAGACUUUAUUUCUUCUGUUUAGAAAUCUGAUGCCUAUUUUAGGAUCUAGGAAAAAUAUAAAUUACUUCAUUUCAGUAGAAAGGCCUGUAUUUAACUUUAAGAAGCAACGAGGAAUGUGAUUUUAUUUAUGCUCAUACGUCUAACCUUUUGGGGAUUUAGAACUGCAUAUAUAAACAUUAAGAGUGGUUGCAUAUUAUAUUCAUCUUAUGAAUGCACUUCAGAAUAGCAUAAUUUUUGCUGAUGUGUUCCUUAUAGGUUAAUAAGUGGUCUUUUAGGGGUCUUUUAGUUUACAGGGUAAAUAUGGCAGCUUUAGAUGUAUGUAUUUAUAGAACUUUUCUCAUUCAUGUAUUGAUUCCAAAACUGAAUGUCUUGGUCAUCUUUAUUGUGUUAAGCUGUAAACCUUACCCAGUUGUUAGAUACUACUCAGGAGAAGCCUAUGGCCAGGGUAAUUGAAACACCUACUGUGCAUCUGGUCUGUGUUCUCUAGGCUUGACUCAGACCAGUGUUCUUUCAUAACAUGCAUAUAUGUAGUCACUGCUUUCUGAUGACUAAUUGUGUUCCAUAUAUUUUAAUUACUGUUGAGGAUCCAGAGGAAUAAAUCUGAAAUAGCA